AUGGGCCCUCGUGUGCCUGGUGUCAGCAGAAGCGGAGUCUUCGUUUCGCGUGUUGGGCCCUGGGCUUACGUCUUUCGAAUGGUCUGCCUCCUCGUCGGCACCGUCUUCCUGAUGGCGACCGCUGUCAUUCUCUGGCGCGAUGGAUGGAGCUCUUUGCUGUAUGUCGGUUUCUUAGACCUCUAUGCUGUGGUGUCCAUCAUGAUCGGGCUGGGCUUCUCGGCCCCCAGCAGCUUAACGCUGGUUCAGCGCAACGAGCCCUGGCAGGUGGAGAUCCGUCGGAGGUUUCGCUCAGACAAGACUUUCCCCCUGGCAAGUCUGUCUGGUCUUCUGGAGGUGCGCGAUCGAGCGGUUAGCUCUGGAACGACAGUCGGAUACUCCACAGGGACACCUUCCUGGGAGUUGACAUUUCCUGGGGAGAGUUGGAUCAUCACCCUCGAAGAUCACAUGGGAUUCCUGGAGUACCUUGCCAACGUCUGUGAGAGCUCCAACCAUCGGUUGACGCAGAACUUGAAGCACCAGCUGGGCUUGAUAAGACGCGGGGUUCCACUGUAG